CAGAAGAAGUAACAUCAUGGCAGCUGCUAACGUGACCAAACGUGGUCUUGAACAUUUGGACGAAUAUGAACCCAAACCUGCCAAACACCUCCGCAGCCUGCACGACCGUAUGGCGGAGAGGCGGCUGGUGGUUAUUCUGGAGGGAGCAUCGUUAGAAACAGUGAAGGUCGGCAAAACCUUCGAGCUGUUGAACUGCGACCAACACAAAAAUAUAAUCCUCAAAAGUGGAAGAAAUCCAGGACACAUAAGACCAGAUAUCACACAUCAGUGUCUGCUCAUGUUGAUGGACAGCCCGUUGAACAGGGCAGGCCUGCUGCAGGUUUACAUCCACACAGAAAAAAAUGCCUUAAUAGAGAUCAACCCACAGACCCGCAUCCCAAGAACCUUCCCCCGCUUCUGUGGCCUUAUGGUUCAGCUGCUGCACAAGCUCAGCGUCAGGGCGGCUGAUGGUCCUCAAAAGCUUCUGAGAAUGAUUAAAAACCCAGUGUCCGACCACCUUCCUCCUGGCUGCCCCCGCAUCGCCACCUCCUUCUCUUCCGGAGAGGCGGUCUGCGCUCGGACCGUGGUGCCAGAGGGUCCGGCUGCAGUGGUGAUUGGAGCGUUCGCACACGGAGCGGUGAACGUAGACUACACAGAGAAGACCGUGUCCAUCAGUAACUACCCCCUCUCUGCGGCACUGACCUGUGCCAAAAUGUGCUCUGCGUUUGAAGAGGUGUGGGGUGUUGUGUGACAAACAGUCAGUCAACUACUGAUUCUGACCUGGCAGAGAAAGAAGACCACGUGGACGUUUUUUGAGUGGACUAGGAAUGGAUAUGACAGACACCAAACGUCAGAAUUGAUGUUACAUGGACAGCAGACAUUUAUCCUGUUAUGUAUGUGUGUAUAAGUAUGACGACGUUUGGCCACCAUGUGGUAUAUACAUCCAUUUUUCUACAGAGUGUUUCUUGGGAUUUUGUAUUACGAGUUAAUACAGUUGUGUUAAAAUGAUUAAGUUACAUUAAAAUGUAUAA